CCAAGAACGCAGCGGGGACGAAUCGUGUUCGUGAGCCACCAACGCAAGGCAGGGAGGCGCUUUUCCGACGGCGACGCGUACAGAAGCGGCUAUACCAAUGCCCCAGCUGCUGGAGAUGCCACUCAUCCCCGCGCCGUUCCGAGCUCUCUCGCCCUUGACCGCCGUCGCCGCCCCAGCCGGAGCUCCGCGCGCGGUUCUCUACGGACGCCGUGUGCCGCUCGCGGGGACGCUCCUGUUCCUCAGCACCGGUGCCGUUGCCUGCAUGACGGGGUGCGCCUUCUGCCACCGCCGCCUCCCCUUCUUCGGGGCAAGAAGGCUCAGCUCUGCCCAAAUGGAGUCCGCUUCCACUGCUGUGCCCUCCAUUGUUGUAUAUGUGACGGUUCCAAACAGGGAAGCAGGCAAGAAGCUGUCACAGAGCAUCAUCAGCGAGAAACUUGCAGCUUGUGUGAAUAUAGUUCCUGGCAUUGAAUCUGUUUACUGGUGGGAGGGAAAAGUGCAAACUGAUGCUGAAGAAUUGCUCAUAAUAAAGACCAGGGAAUCGCUUCUAGAUGCCUUAACUACACAUGUCAAAGCCAACCAUGAAUAUGAUGUUCCUGAAGUUAUUGCUCUUCCCAUAACUGGUGGUAACACCAAGUAUCUGGAAUGGAUCAAGAACAACACUAGGGGAAACUGAUCUGUUUUACACCCUGGUAUGCCUCGUAAUGCAGCUUAAAUGCCCCAAAAUAUGAAGUGACUGCUCUGUUGCAGUUCCAGUGGCUUGCACAAAGGGAGUUCCUUCCGUUGACCUGUAUAUCUCAAUUACAUCGCUGUACUGAAUAUCUAAUAUAUUUUACCAUCUUCUCGUGACAAUGGUUGCUGAUA